GCGGCUGCAAAGGCGCUUUGAUCCCAAGGAAGCACGCCGACAGCUCCAAAGAGAUCGGUCCGAUCCACUGUGGAUGAGGUGGCAGCAAAUCAGCUCGGAAAUGGACAGACAGCACAAUCAGGCCCAAGCAGGGGACAAGCAGGCCCGAGAGGACUUUCUGUCGCAUGUGGACUGCAAGGGUGAACUUUGGCCUCUAGAUCCUUUGAAGGACCACAUCUUCAGCUGGCGCAUCCAACGACCACCUGCCUGCUCUGAUCCUGUCCCUGACACAGGCUUCACUUCUGACUUUGUGCAACACACAUGGAUGAGCAAAGCUGCUCAAGAUGUUGCUUGUGCUCCGAGCAUCACCGGAGUUCUUGGACGGUCAAGGGAGUCGCGGCUGGCGGAGUGGGAGCGGCGGCACGUGGUUUUGCGGCCUAUGCCUGGGGUCAAACUAGCGAAAGAGUCUGAUAAUGCUCGAGCAGCCCGUGCCAUCAGACAAGCUGGGCUUGUGCUCUCCCCUGCAGCCCGCAACCUGGAAAAGGCAUUAGCCAACAUGCUGAUGACCUUUGCUGGUCAAGGCUUGAAGGAGCCGUCCAAGGUCAAAAGCAAGCAGCGAUUGCUGCUCGAUGAGAACCACGUAGUUGUCCGGUUGCAGAGGCCCGAGAUUGCCGGGUCCAUGGUCCGAUGCCUUUGGUAUCAGGUUUGCUACCUGACAUAUGAUCGGCCUGUGCGAGCCACCUUCCUGUCUCUGGAGGAGGACACGUACCUCCAGCCGACCACGAGGCAAGGUCUCAUCUUGGCCCCGAAGUGGAAACCGGGAUGUGGUCGGCAAACAUGGCUUUUCAGCCUUCCAGAGCUGGCUGCUUCCUUGGUGCCUAGCAGCAAUUGGACGGGGGAGUUCUUGUAUAUUAAAGGUUGCGGACUUGGGCCCGAAAAGGAGGAGGCUGACAACGACAGGCCAUUUUUCCUGGAUGUGCAACCCAUGGACACAGGUCCGUUUACUCUCGAUUCCGUCUGCACUUCGAAGGGUCCGAAUGGUCCAGACCAGGCAGGGUCCGAGAGUGAUGAUGAUGCUGUCCAGACAGAGGCACUCCAGACAAAGGCCCGAGUCAGCCAGGCUUUCAAAUCUGCUGCUUUGGACGUCCAUGGAAUGCUUCCACAGGAAGAGGUCGAAGACAUCAUCCAGAGAGCUGCAAAAGGCAAAACAAUACAGCUUGCGGAUGAUGUCAAGGUCCUCUUUACCUUCCGACAGCCAAGCAAGCAAAAUCCCUGUGGGGGUUUUCAGGUCCGAUGCUACUGCCACAGGCCCGACAAGAAGGUCAACAAGGCAGGGACCGAAUAUGCGCUGGCAUGUCGCCGCACUAUGUCCAUUCCAGGAAGUGGCCAAGCUGCAGAGACUCUGAAGCAUCUGUCCGAAUGGGCCCUGGCCGGACCGAAUUUCGAGAGUCGAGUGAAGCACCAGGCCAUGCCAGUACCUGGAAGAAAGACCAAGGCAGCAAAGGGGACGAGAAGCUAUGAGCUGAGCGACGUUCCCGGUGAUGGGGAUUGCUUGUUCACUGCUUUGGGCAGAGAGCUGGAGUGCAAGGAAAAGCUCAUCCCGGGCAUGCGGCUGCCCAGUGGCCAGAGUGGUUCGAACAUGGGCCCGAGGUGGCGGUCGCAACUGGUGCAAUCUGUUCGUCGAUUGGCCAGCAGCAGGACACAGUUUGAGGGCCUUGGCAUAUCAGACUGGCUGCAGCACUCUGGGUGGCCCGACCUGGAAUCCUACAUCGAUGGGAUGACACUGGCCGCAGAAAAUCCAGAGGAUCCACGGCAGCACUGGGGUGGCUUUCUGGAGGCUACGAUCUUGUGUCACGCAACAAGCCCAUUGGUAGGUUGUCUGUUGGCCAGGCAGGUUCGAGAGGGGGUCCGAUGCCAAGCUUGGUGUGGUGCUCCGUUCAAAGGCCCACCAAAUUAUGUGGCCAUCUGCUGGACAGGAAACCACUGGCAGAGACUUCGUCUUAGGAAACCAGCCGAAGAGAAGCUGCAGGAGUGGUUCCUCUCUGUGUAG